CGGCCAGCGCCAACCGCCCUCGCCUUCUUCUGUUCGGCUCCCUCCCUCUCUCUCCCUCUCUCUCUCUCCAACAAGCACGCACGCACGUAACCACGGCGCCGCCGCGCAUGCAGGAAGCGGCCGAGCCCGGCCGCUGGCCGGCGCAGCAGUUCGUCGGCGUCGACCUCCGCCGGCCCAAGGGGUACGCCGCACCUUCCGCCGCUGCGGCGAGCCAGCCAGCGGCGGGGGAGGGAUACCCAUGCCCGCGGUGCGAGUCGCGGGACACCAAGUUCUGCUACUACAACAACUACAACACGUCCCAGCCGCGCCACUUCUGCAAGGGCUGCCGCCGCUACUGGACCAAGGGCGGCACACUCCGCAGCGUCCCCGUCGGGGGCGGCAAGCGCAAGAAGCCGUCUUCGUCGUCGUCCCCCUCUUCAUCCCCGGCCGCCAAGCCCAAGAAGUCCUACAAGAAGAAGCGCCGCGUUGCGCGCCCCGAGCCCUCCACCCCCAUCGCCGCUGAUUCCGCCAAGACGACGACCGAAACAACGACGACGACCGACGCCGCUAGCGAGGUUACAACCGAGCUCGUGGUCCCCGCGGCGGAGGAGGACUCCCUCGCCUACCUUCUUCAGCCGGACGACGCCGCCGCCGUGGCGCUCGGGCUCGGGCUGUCCGAGUUCCCCGUCGGGAAGCUGGGGCUGGUGGAUCCCGACUCCUUCGAGUGGCCGGCGGCGUUCGACCUGGGCGCGUGCUGGGGCAGCGCCGGGUUCGCCGACCCGGACCCCGCCCUGUUCCUCAACCUCCCGUGACAGACGACCGCCGGGCUGCACCGGGCAGGCUGCUCAGGUGUGGUGUGGGUUUUGCAACCUGAUCAAUGUCUUCUCCGGUUAAUCACUAGUACAUGAUGACAUGCUUUGGGGGUAUAUGAUCGUGACGACGACGACGGCCUUCUAAAAAAAAAAAGCUUUCCAGGUCAACUAGUGGCCGUGUUUUACUCUGACGGCUAACUCAACGGAUUUAGGGGUUUCAUCUGUCUAUAAACUAAAGUUUGGGUUUCUUACAUUACAUGGUUCUCUUCAGUGUCUGCCCAUUUUUCAUUGAGAAAGUAGGUUGUUCAUGGAAUAUAUCGAAAGCCUCUGCACGGAGAAGAAUGUAUUGGUGUUUUCUUCC